AUGUCCUUGGCCUCUCCUUCUCAGCCGUCCCGCAACAACAGCUCAUCCUUACUUUCAAGCUCCGCAGCAGAAGCUCAUCCUCCUCCUCCUCCACAACCACAACCUCAGACGCGUCGCUCGCCCGACCUCACCGACGAAGCGACCGCGAGCACGCUUCUCGGCGCCCUCUCCUCCCCAGCGCGCCCCUCUAUGGACAGAGGUGCUCCCGAAUACUCGCAGUCAGGUUUGCCCACACCAUAUCCACACGCGUUCACCAGCGCCCAGUCUGAAGAGUCUCCCGCAGAUCCCGCGUCUGCUGCGCAAUACACGCCCCAGCAGGAAGUGCGAGCCAACAACUACCCUCCCGCCGCGACGCCCACCUCUGAGUACGGUGUUUACCCGGCCUCGGCGCGUUCGGGCUCUUUUCCAGAACACAUCCAGCGCCAGUACCACCCCGCGAGCAACCCCAGCGGGAGCAGUGGUGGAGCAAUGGCUCAAUCAACAAGUCCGUCCAUGCCUCCUCCUCCUCCUCCUCCUCACCAAGAUCCCCGUGCGAACCAUCGCACCCCUCAAAGCAAGUCUGACCCGGAUGUUCCUAUAGAUCCUUCAAUCGCCGCCUCGAGUCCGACCUAUCCCGCGCACAGCGGCCAAUACUCCCCGUACCCUCCGCAGCAAGAGAUGCAACACCCUUACCAAGCCCACGGCGGCGGCGCCAUGUACACCCAGCCCCGACCGGAUUGGGCGGGCUAUGCCACUCACCCUCAGCACGGGAUGCCAGGCUACGCGGUGACCGGCGCCCAAACCCCAACCUCUGCCGCUCCCGCCGGAGCGCGUCCAGGCCAAGUUUAUUCCUUUGUUCCCAUCCCCGGCGCCCAGCAACACAAGCGACCCCGACGACGGUAUGAGGAGAUCGAGCGGAUGUACAAGUGUGGGUGGAACGGGUGCGAGAAGGCAUAUGGCACACUGAACCACCUCAACGCCCAUGUCACGAUGCAGUCGCACGGGCAGAAGCGGACGCCAGAAGAGUUCAAGGAGAUCCGAAAGGAGUGGAAAGCUCGCAAGAAGGAGGAGGAGAACCAACGGAAGGCCGAAGAGGAGCGCGCGCGCGCUGCCGCUGUGCCCGCCGAUGGCCAGAACCCCGCCGAUGGGGCCGCCGCGCCCGGCUACCAACAGCCUGGCCGGUCCGUCCAACUCCCGCCCAUCGGCUACCAACCCGGCGCGCAGGUCCCUGGCCAGUACCAGGCCCCGUCGAGUGGUGUGCAGCAGUUGCAGGAGUACGGCAACAACCAUCUUCAAUAUUCUGGCUACCCAGCUUCGCCGUACGGCGCUCCCAACCAGAUGUACAGUCAACGUCAAUUACACCCUCACUUUAGUGUCCCGCCCAGGAUGAAAGCUGACUUGCGCUGCAGAUAA